AUGGUCCUUGCACCCCUCCUUUACCGUCUUUUCUCCCAUUUCACGCUCCUUUGCUUCGCUUUUGCACUCCUUGCACACCAAAUACACCUCGUCAACGCCCAAGAUGGCUCUACAAGCGUCCAUGUCUAUGUCAACGACACUACUAAGUGGACAACGACGGGUGAGACCUGGACACUCAACAAAACCCUCGAUAUAUACGCCGGAAACUGGCUCAUAGGGAGGCGCGCCCCCAAUGCCGCAGCACCAAUCACCGCAUCCUUUACAUUUAAUGGGACUGCCGUCGCUAUAUUCGGAACAGUGGACGACGGCGUCCAGAAUAACUCUCUCAACUUUUCGAUCCAAGUCGACAGAACAGGAGAGACUGUCCAGCCCACCUAUUCUCCACAGCAUCUCGACGGCAUCGACGUCAACUAUAAAAUAUUCGAACGGUCCUCUCUCGAAUUCACCUCUCAUACUGUUACACUCACUCUCAUCGGCGAAACCACUCCCUUCUAUAUUCAAGGCGCGGUAUACAGCACCGCAACUCCGCAAACAAUGUCCCCACCUUCAUCUUCGAGUCUGACUUCCUCGCCGUCGGCAAGUGCAAGCCCGGCCGGAGACGACAGCAAAAAACUAGGAGCCGCGAUCGGGGGCGGCGUGGGGGCACUCUUGCUUGUCGCACUCAUUAUCUUCUUGAUGAUACGAAGGAUCAAACGUAUCGAAAAGGAAGAGAGAAUACGCCAGGCGCAACCAUUCACCUUGAGGCGGCCCACGAACAGCUCGAGAGCUGGGUUAAUCGAUCCCACACCUUCGGUCCGAAGUGCACCAAGGGUAUCACAGGAGAGACAGGAGAAAAAGAAGAAGAAGAAACCCGAGACGUCAAGCAGCAACCCGUCGAUAUCUGAAAAGGAACGGCUCGUUCGCAGAGAUGGCGGUGUCUCUUCCAGUUCGCGCUCUCACACGCAAUCCCAUUCUCGAUCACAAUCGCAGCAGACACAAUCCUACGUACAGUCGCAGCUCGCGCACACGCAAUCCUACCAUUCCAUCACCCAACACCAACUGAAUCCGCGUCCCGACGUCGCGGUAAUGCAGCAAGCGUCCCCUCCGGGAAGUGUAAUUAGCCUACCAUCAGAGUAUCAGGCGACGACGACAGUCGGAAACCGUGGCCCCGGCACGGCAGUUGCUUCUUCGUACAUUGGCCCCUCGCCGCUCCCACAAGAAGACGCACCACCUGUACCGGCCCUUCCAGCAGCUGCUGACAUGGACGCUAUGAUGAUGAAGUCCAAAAAUGUACCGCGAACCCAGCAUACUCACCAGCCUAGUCACCCUCCACCACCGCCCUUUGAGGAAGUUGUCCCGCUCCGUGACUAUCCGCGAGAUACCAAAAAUCGCGACAUUUUCUACCCGCCUACCCCGGCCAGGUCGUUUGACACUCGACGCACGUCCGAGCUGACGUCUAUCACCAAUUCGUCCAUGAUCCAGACUCCAAAGUCGGGUGCGUUGGGACUAUUUUCGACAGAUUCGGUGAAUACGAUCGGGACAGAGUCGACAGGUCGACGGCCCCUUCCAAUUCCUCCUGUACCGAGAAACCCUUCUGUGACCGCGCACAGCUUCCCGCCCGAAAAAGUUGGGCUAUCACCACCUCCAGCUAACAAUAAACCGCAAGAGAGGCGGAGUAGUAUCGCCAAACGACCGUUACCUCCAGCGGACCCGCCGAGCGGUUAG